AUUAAGAAGUGAGUGCCCCUUUUAGAUGUGAAGGGGCUGAAAGGCUUACAUUUGUUCAGUUUCCUCAGUGCCUCUUAGUCUGUCUUGAAGUUGCGUUGUCAGUGGAGGUAUCUCGGUAGUGCUCCUGCACAUUGCAUCCGAACUCCUCUGCUGGCUGAAUCUGCACCUCGAAACUACUGGAAGUACUGGGCCAUUGAAAUACAACAACAAGCAAAAGGGAGACAAUUCACAACGACAGUGAUAGCAAAAACAACUUGGGCUGUUUAUUGUUUUUUUUUUUUUUUUUUAAUUUAAUUUCCAUCUCAAGCUUACCUGAUCCUCAUAGAAUACCAUGGGUGCUCAUGGCUCCAACAUGGAUGAUAUCCUGGCGGAGGACAUGCACCAUUGGUACAACAAGUUCAUGAAGGGAUCCCCGUCAGGAGUCAUCACACUGUUUGAGCUCAAGGCCAUGCUGGAGAUGCGGGGCAUGACCGAGGAAGCCAGCAGCUACGUGGACCAAGUCUUCUUUACAUUUGACAUGGACGGGGACGGAUAUAUAGACUUUGUGGAAUAUAUAGCAGCAGUAAGUUUAUUACUGAAAGGAGAAGUCAAUCAGAAGCUGAAAUGGUAUUUCAAGCUCUUUGAUCAAGACGGAAAUGGAAAAAUAGACAGAGAUGAAAUGGAGACAAUAUUCAAGGCCAUUCAAGAUAUCACUCGGAAAUAUGAUGUCCCUCCUGAAGAAAUAGUGGAACUCAUCUACACAAAGGUUGAUGUCAACGGCGAGGGAGAACUUACCCUGGAAGAGUUUAUCAGUGGGGCGCGGGAGCAUCCAGACAUCAUGGAGAUGCUCAGCAAGAUGAUGGAUCUCACUCACGUCCUGGAAAUCAUAGUCAUGGGCCAGAAGCCUAAACAGUGACUUUCACAAGAAGGAAAAACAUAUUUUUAAAAUACAUUUUGUUUGAGAGGGUUGGCCCCAAGGAAUGCAACCCUAUUGUUUUUUUUACAGGAAGAAGGUAUUGUGGUAAAACCGACAAAAAGACAAUGUAUGAGGGAAUGGGACUGACUUGGAGGCUUGGCGAGUUUGGGAAGGAAAUGGCUAAAUCUUCUAAUGGUGGACUGUGAUAGCAUGCCCCGAUCACUUCUGCCUACAUCAACUUCUGCUCUGUGGUGCCUGCGACGCCAUUACAAUCUCUCUCAGAGAAGAUCAGACAUCUCUUUGGGCCAAUCGGCUCUCUAUGAGAAGUCAUCUCACUGAGAUUUAUUACACUGGGUCUUUUGGUCCAGCAUCCAGUCAUGGGUCUGGUUUGGGUCUCCUUCCAGUUGGGAGUUCAUGGUCCCAGUGCUAGAGAAGGUUGGCAACCAUGGACACGCUAUAUAAUCGCUUGGUUACAGAUCAAGAGCUGAGGUGGGAGAGAGUGCUAUAUAGGCUUGAUCCUUUAUCCUUUAAUGCCAUAAGGAUCUCAAAGCUGCCUAUGUUGACUGCGGAAGAUAAGCACAGGCAAGGUAAAACUAAGGAGUAACAUAUGCAUCUCAAAGUGUAUUUUUGUGGUGAUGUUCAAUGUUAAAUGCUGGUCAUAUGACAUUGGUGGAACAGAAGUUGAAAGCAUGUCAAAUGUAUUAAAA